AAGAAAAAAAAAACGUCCUGAACAGCGCACCGCCUCGCUUCCUCUCGCCGCCAUCGCCAUCGCCAUCGCCAUCGCCAUCGCCGUCGCCGUCGCCGUCGCCGCCGACCGGACGAAGCUCCCCCAUCGGCGCGGCCACCCCUCGAAGCCUUCACCACAUCAGCGCCGCGACCAGUCGGUCGCCGCCGCGCUGAUACCGUCGUCCUCCCUCUCCUCCUCCCAGGCGGCAAGAUGUCGUCCCUCGCCGCGGCAAGGGCGGAUAACUUCUACUACCCUCCGGAAUGGAGCCCAAAGAAGGGUGGGCUCAACAAGUUCCAUGGACAACAUGCUCUCAGGGAGCGGGCGAGGAAGCUGGACCAGGGCAUACUGAUUAUAAGAUUCGAGAUGCCAUUCAAUAUUUGGUGUGGUGGAUGCAACUCCAUGAUAGCGAAGGGAGUGAGGUUUAAUGCUGAGAAGAAACAAGUUGGGAAUUAUUACUCUACCAAGAUAUGGAGCUUCACCAUGAAAUCACCAUGCUGCAAACAAGAAAUUGUUAUACAAACAGACCCAAAAAAUACCGAGUAUGUUAUAAUCAGUGGAGCUCAGCGAAAGACUGAAGAUUAUGAUGUGGAAGAUGCAGAGACACUGCUGCUACCUGCAGAUGAAGAAAGAGACAAGCUUGCAGAUCCCAUGUAUAAACUUGAACACCAGGAAGAGGAUCUUAGAAAGAAGAAAGAAGCUGAACCAGUUUUAGUUCGCCUUCAACGACUUUCUGAUAGCAGGCAUUCUGACGACUAUGCUCUUAACAGAGCCCUUCGUGAUCGUCUUAGGAGCCAAAAGAAGAGAGUUGCUGAAGAGAGAAAAUCAGCUAGAAAGAUGGGUCUAGGGGUACGGCUUUUACCACCCUCUGCAGAAGAUGCCACGGCAGCGGCUUAUGUGAAGUUUGCGUCAAAAUUUGAGAAGAGCAGAAGGGACAAAAGAGCAGCCAUUAAGGCUGCUUCCAUCUUCCCGGAGUCAUCAAGCUCAACUUCAAAGAACAAGCUGGACCUUGCACUGAAGAGGCGGAAUAUAAAAGCUGGUGCUGCCUCAGCGCUGAUGGCGGGGAGGGUGAAGCCUUCGUCAUGGCAGAGCACAUCUUCUGGAAGCUCAAGAACUGCAAUGCCGAUCAUGGCAACACGCAAGUAGCCACACCACCGAGGAAAAGCGGGGAAUACAAAGCCACAAUCUUCCGGAUUGUUCUGCAUGUAGAAAUACCUAAUCUGCUAAGUUGGGUAGUCAAAAGUUCAAACCAGCUUGUUAUGUUUAAAUGCUCAGCAGUUGCUCUGUAUGAGUAUGUCUAACCUGAAAUGUUUUUUUGCCGUAUGCAUUCCUGUGUGACUAUCCAGCUCGUGCUAAUCGGUUUCUAACAGUAUAUUGUACACUAAGAAUUUACUCCAGUAAUCUUUGUAUAUAUGAUGACAUAAUCACCUUGUAUGCUUUUGCAAACAGCGAUGAACAACUUCUUAUAUAUUCUUCCACCGAAGCGUGGAGGGUUUUGUUUC